CAGGGCUCUACGCCCUUGCCGGCUCGCUCUCGGAUCCUGCGCAUGGAUUCACUCUAAUCAAUCCAGCGAAACGUGCACAGAGGUUACUAUGGCGCUGACCCGCAUCCUCUACUCCCCUAUUCGAAGAGAACGCGUGUGUUCUGGAUCUCGAGGGUACAUGCGAAUCGUACGACGAGUGGCUGACAAUGGACGGCGACCUGCGUAGCAUUAACUCGUUAGCUCAGGUUAAGAAACGUUCACGUCGAAGAAGGUCGUGAUGGUGGAUCAAGACGUUAUAUGCCCUUCCUGUCCCCUUCCCCCUCCCUCCGCGUAGCCUCCAUCAUCAACGUCCACGCCCACAGGGGCAAGCGCGUCAACGUCACUCAGCGCUUCUUCCAGUUGACAGGCAGCUACACGUCGUUUGCCGACACUGCCGCCUAUACUUUUCCUCGGUUCCCUGUCCAGCCUUCGCACGAUCCAGCGGAACCUCUCCUGUGCGUCGUUCUUGUAGGCAUGAAUGACGUCCGCGCGUACAUCGACAUGGGAGAUAAGGAGUGGGCACCUGUGCGGCAUCGGCUCACCGCUCUCCGUGCAGAACGCCCCUCCACUUAUGUCGUUGUCUUCAUGCUACCUUCUUAA